UGGCAACAAAUAAUAAAUUUUGGAAAAACAUCAAUUGACAUGGUUAAAUAACAGAUAUUUUGUGGAUAUGACUACUAGGCUGAUUAAUUUUGAUAAUUUUUGUAAUAUCUAAUAAUCCAGUGAGACACUCUUCUAUCAGUGAGUAAAGCUGGAAUGAAAAAAGACAAAUGUUACCAACCAGUGUCUUCAGACUCCCCAUCUAAGCUGGAGGGGAAGAUGGGCAAAAAUGUCAGGAAGUGGGAAGUGUUUCCUGGAAAAAAUAAAUUUUGUUGUAACGGAAGGAUUAUGAUGGCUCGACAAAAUGGAAUUUUCUAUUUCACUUGUACACUGAUUAUUGCCACAUGCGGGCUUUUCUUUGGAUUUGACUGCCCAUAUUUAGCGAAGCAUGUGACACCAGCUAUACCCGCAGUGGGUGGGGCAUUGUUUAUCUUCGUCAUGGCAACGUUAUUUCGUACGAGCUUCAGUGAUCCUGGAGUUAUUCCCAGGGCAACACCAGAUGAAGCUGCUGACAUUGAAAGACAAAUUGAUAUUCCAAACAGCGCAGUUCCUGGGGCAUACAGACCACCUCCACGUACCAAGGAGGUGGUUAUAAAGGGUCAGGUGGUCAAGCUGAAAUACUGCUUUACAUGUAAAAUAUUCAGGCCUCCCAGGGCCUCACAUUGUAGUCUUUGUGAUAAUUGUGUAGAGCGUUUUGACCAUCACUGUCCAUGGUUAGGGAAUUGUGUUGGAAAGCGGAACUAUCGCUACUUUUACUUGUUCAUCUUAUCGUUAUCCAUUCUCUGUAUUUAUAUAUUCGCCUGUGUUCUUACGCAUCUUAUUUUACGUUCUCAAGCCGAGAAUUUUCUUCAUGCCAUGAGAGAUUCUCCAGCAAGUAUUGUUGAGGCCAUUAUUUGUUUCUUUUCUGUGUGGUCUAUAAUUGGCCUUGCUGGGUUUCAUACUUACCUUGCGGCCAGCGAACAAACAACCAAUGAGGAUAUAAAAGGCUCAUUUUCAUCUAAAAGAAAUCAAGAAAAUUUUAAUCCGUACAGUCAUGGCUCUAUAUUCAAAAAUUGUUCAAGUGUUUUAUGUGGACCAAAUCCACCAAGUUUGAUAGAUAGAACAGGAUUGAUAACUUCAGACAACUCACAAGUUCACCCGGUCAGUAAAGACAGCUCCGUUAAAAGAGAUUAUUAUGGUUCAACCACAGUCACUAAACAAAAGCAAACCAGUAAUAUGGGUACAAAUACACAGACUGACACUGUAUCACCAGUAAAACAUGACAUGAUUAGUUACCAGUCCCCAGACGGUACUAUAAGUAACAGAUUACCACCUUCUAAUGGUGGCAAAAAUACUAUGUGGAACAUGACAAUGUCCCAACUCAAUUAUGCCAAUGAGUAUACAUCUAGAGGUCUCCCCCAUCCUGAAGUGGUCUGGUCCAGACUUGAUGCUAAGCAACAAGAAAUAGCCAAUCAGGAAAGUGUUGUUAAUUUCUCAUCCAAUCGGAAGCUAGUCCAGCCAGCCAAUCAGAAUAUGACUAUCAGCUCAGCUUUUCCAAACAAUGACUCUCCUGAAAACCAUGUGACCAGCAGUCAAAAUCACCUUGUUACUGAGACAGCAUGAUUAUGUGUAAAUACAUCAUGAGAUUUUAGACUUCAUUGAAAAAGUGUAACAUGGAAUAUGUUGUAGUGUGAAAUUUUGACUUUCUUGUACAUGUUUGAUAAUUGUAAAGGUUGAAAUUUACUGUGAUGAUGAAAUGUUAAUGUUGUUGAAGAUUCUGCAAAGUCAGAUUAAAUUUUUUUGGUUUUCUCCAUUUUCAUUUUAGAAUCACACUGAUGUAUAUAAAGUGAAAUACAUGCAGUCUGUUUAAAUGGGUUUUGCUUGUUGAAGUCAUUUUUGUAUUUAUUUAAUUGGUUUAAGUACUUUAUAUGAAAGUUAGUUUUGUCCUGUUACUUCCAGCUGUGCAAUAAUGGGGAAAAUUUAAGUAAAUUAUGUCAUUUUGUAUGUUCCAUUCAAAAUGAAAUUCAGUUAUUAAAUGAAAUUAUUUGUUAAAAAAAUAUUCUGCUCAAAGUUGAAAUCCAGUUUAUAUCUCAAGUGUGGUAUCAAGUGUGAAAUACAUCUUCUGUCAACCAGUGACUUAAUUUUUUACUUGUUGAAUUUUCUUACGAUACUUUUGUUGUUGUUUGUUCAGAGAAGAAGGGACCAUUAUCAAUGCAAAGUGUUGAGUUCUUAAGUCAGUAUUUUAUCAUGUAUAUAUGUAAUUUACAAGGUAGUUUUAAAUAAGAAGUAAGGGCUGCUUUAUUCCAUAUUUACUCCGUAAUAAUCCAAAUGCUAUGUCUACUAACAUUACAGUAGUCUAUCUCAUUCAGUAUUUUGCUAAUUUCGUAGUUCCACUUUAUCAAAUCACUGCUUUGGAAAGUCAGUUGCUGUGUGAUUGGCUAAGGAGGUGUCUUCAAACAGUUAGCUGCAGUCUGAUUGGCUGAUAAGAAUGUCUUUGAAAAGUCAGCUGCCAUCUAAUUGGCUGUUAAUGUAGCCUGUCAUCUGAUUGGCUGAUAAGGUAGCCUUUGAACAGUCAUCUGCCACAUAAUUGGCUGAAAAGGUUGCCUUUGAACAGUCAGCUGCAAUCUGAUUGGCUGUUAAGGUAGCAUUUGAACAGUCUGCUGCCAUCUGAUUGGGUGAGAAUGUAGCCUUUAACCCUGUGAUUUAUAUAUUUCAGUGAAGGUUAAAUAUAAAUGUAUCUUGAAGGUUUACCUAUGGUGUUCAAAUAAAAUCCAGUUCAAUAUUUAUGUUUUGUUAAACUCACUUUUGAUGAGUUAAAUCAGUGAUCAGUCAUGUUCAGUGUUGUUGAGAGAAAACAUCACCAUAGAACACAGUAUAUAUGCUCUUACUGUUACCUGGCCCUAGCUUUGCUAUGUAACAUAUGCAGCUCUUUAGCCAUUUGUUCAAUACACAGUUCUAUACAGACUCAUAAAAGUAUAUUUUUUACUGAGAAACAAGAAAAGUCAGAAGGUUAAUAAAUGUUUAUUUUAAAUAAUUGCUGUCUCAUACAUGUGUUGUGUUUAAAACUUGAAGAUGAGAAAUUGACAGUACAGAUGUAAUUAUUUUUACGCUUCAUGUGAUAUUUAGUGUUGUAAUUUGGCUGUAUAGAAACUUGCUGUAGUGAUUUUAGUGGCAUUUUAUGAACAUUGAUGUAGCCAUGGUCUGAGUGUAUGCAACUGUACAUGAGUUAUAGGUAAAUAUGCUGGACACACACUUCAAACAUGACUGUGUAUUUCAUACCUAAAUGAAAAAUACUUAACUCCUAUCUUCUUUUUUUUUUUGAUAAAUAAAAAUGGUUUUUAAUAUUUCUGUUACGAAUCUUUGAGGAAAGAAACAAACAAAAACAUAAAAUUAUGUAUUUAGUAUUUAGAUUUUUAUCUACAGACAGUGUUACUAGUCAUUUUGAUGUCACCUUGUUCUGUAUAAAUGUUUGUAGAGGAAUUUAUUAUAUGAAAACAGAAGUUAUCAGGUCCUAAACCUAAAUAAUCUGCUAUUGCCUUACUCAUGCAGAACAAAAUCCAUGGAAGAUGUAGUCUCAGUUCAGAUUGAAAUAUUGAUGUUUCUUUAUUGAAAGUUAUUGAAAGAAAAUGCUUGACAAGUAUUGCUGGAAGGAUAUAUUUCAGUUGUAAUUUAAUUGUUAGCAGUUUUAGCCUGCUGCCGGCAAUUGAUUCUGCCUUUGUGACCAGUGCAGACCAAGAUCAGGCUGCACAUCUGUGCAGGCUGAUCAUGGUCUGCACUGUUUGCUAUUCAGUCAGAGUAAAUUUUCAGUGAACAUCCCUUCAAGUAGUAAAUGGUACUGCCCAAAUUGAAUGAUGGACCAGUCCAUUUUAGAAAUUUAGCAGGGUUAAGGUUAAUAGUUAGCAGUUUUAUUAAUCAUGGUUCAUAUUGGUAUACUGGUAAUUAUUUUGAAUAUAAGGUUAAUCAGAAAGUUCAAACUUUACUAAAAUUUGUGAGUUCCACCCUUCAGGAGUAUGAGCAAACAUAAAAGCAAUGCUGAUAUUUUCCUGUUGACAGUCAAAUUGUGAAGUUGUUGGAAAGAGUAUAAAUUUAGAAAUGUUUGAAUUAGGUACAAAGGCAGGUUUUUUUUCCAAUGUUAAAUUUUUUUUCUGAAUUUUAGGAACUGUAGAUUUAAGUGUGGUAAAAUUAAAUGCAUUGAUUUUGUGAUUUUUAAUGUUAAUGCAACUGUCAGUGAAUUUGUUGAACAAAUAUAUUCAUGUAAUUUGUAAAUACUGUCAGGUAUUUAAUGUACAUGUCUGUACUGAAUAUGUUGUUUUGAUAUCAUCAAUGAUUUUAUAUUGUUGCAUAAUCUUGUGCCAUGAGCUUUGUGAUUAAACAUUCCGUAGUAUUGUGUGUUUUACGCAUUACAGCAGAUAUUACAUGUAUAUGCAUCUAGUAAGUGAGCAGCUGUGAAAAACAAUUUUAACUACAACUUCUUAAAUUUUACAGGCAAAAUAAUGUAUCAUGUAGACUUAACUGAUAACAAUUUAGAAAUAUAUGGAUUACAAAAAUACAGAUAGAAAUAUAUGGAUUGCAAAAAUACAGAUAGAAAUA